CAACUCGGGAGAGCGGGUUUGGUCCAUACUUGCAAAGUUUGGGGCAGAAGAAGCAGCCAGGCGGGGAGCGGGCUGGAAGCAGGAAGAAGCCAUGGAAGCCGAGUGGCAUCUGGUUAUGCUUCACCUUCCAGUAGAAAGUUUGGAUUACUCAGAUCAAUGAAGCCUUGAUUCUUGGGAUUACAAAUCUCUGAUAGCCAGUUGGGAGGCAGCAUGCUGGAGUAAAUGUAGCUGAACUGCCUGCCAUGCACCCCAUGGGGAGUAUAGACACCACUUUUUCACGUUCUGCUGUGCAAACUCUCUCUCGCAGCCACUGUCGGAACAUAAAGCAAAAGAUCUCUCAGUGGGAGGGGCGGACAACAGGGGACUGCCAGGAGGAGAGGCAGAAACCCAAGGACUUUGGGGUCAAGUAUGGCCAGGACAGCAGAAGGAAGCCAAUAGGACGAGCAAAUGUUCAGAGUCUCGGCUUAGAUUUCCGGGAAAAUUCUUUGCUCUGCUCUGUGACAGAGGAAGACGAUGAGAGACUCCAAGAGGCUUCAGAGAACCCCAGGGUUGGGCAGCUCCUCAAUGGCAUUUUGUGUGAAGAAGAGGCCAGUCCGAACUGGCAAGGGGAAACGUUGCCACCAGGAAACUUCUAUACCUCACGGGACCUUUGGAAACACUUAGAAACUUUUCCAUCUGUAGCUUUGGAUUUGAAAGGGAGUUGGGAAAGCUGUGGCUCAACAGAGAAGGUCCUGACGGUACCUCCAACAAAGAGCUCGGAGAACAUCUACUGUGAUGUUGAGGGCCACGAGGAGCACCCUCCAGGCAUCAAUCCGGUACCCAAACCACGAAGGACUUUCCGUUAUCAUUCUGAGAAGGACCAUCUGAACUGCUCUAAUGUAGGCCACAUUGAGAGGAAACCCCCUGAACCUCAUUGUAAUGGCAGUUGCUCUCGAGCAACUUCCCAUGACCCAGAGCAGAAAGUGGCCAGCCGAGGAAUCCGAGGCAGAUCCAAGAGAAAGUCAUUUGAGUUUGAGGACAUUCAAGGUUACCGAAACCGACUAGCAGCCAUGGAGUACCAAAAACUCCAUGAGGAAUUGAAUGGCACCACAAAUAUCCGCCUCUAUUGCACACAGUCAGAGGACAACCUCUAUGAGGACAUUAUUGAUCCUGUGAAGGAGAACCUGUAUGAGGAUAUCAAAGUGAAGCCUCUUUGGAGGAUCCCUUCUGCUUGGAAGCUGCCUCCACCCCGUAACACCAUCAAGCCACCCAAGCUUCCCCCAAAACCACACUUUUUUCAUCGCAAAACCUUGGAGCUCAAAACCACCCGGAUCUGCCUGCGUGGGAAGCUGGCGAAAGACACAACUCUUCCCGUUACGCUGACCGAAUGGAAGUUCUUCAAAGCAGGCGAGGCUGGAAGCAGGAAGAGGAAGAAUCUUCCCCGGCUUGUAUUGAAGAUACAAGAGAUAUUUGACUCCAAACGAGGGAAGAAGCGGGUGAAGUUGGUGUCACAAACAGGAAAAGAAGUUUGUCUUACCAAAGGUGAAACCAACGGGUAUGACAGCGAACCAGAGAAUCUGCCGAAAAGUCGGCAUAAACGUCUCCUGCAGGUACAGGCUCAAUCAAAGAGGAACCCACACUAUCAGACGCUGGAACGGGACUUGAUUGAAUUGCAAGAGCAGCAGCUUUUUGAGCUCUUUGUGGUGGUGUCCCUACAGAAGAAGCCAACAGAAGCAACCUAUACCCCUCUGAUUAUACAGCAAUUUCCUAGCAAGCCUGACCAUCCCUUUCGGCAGCCUAAGGAUACUGAAGAGAGGUUGAAGGUCAUCCCUAAAUUCUGUUUCCCUGACCCCAAAGAUUGGUUCCCAACAUCAGAGUUAAAAAGCGAAACCUUUUCCUUUGUACUGACUGGUGAAGAUGGCAGCCGCUGGUUCGGAUAUUGCAAGAAGCUCUUGCCAGAAGGAAAGGGAAAGCGAUUGCCUGAAGUAUACUGCAUGGUUAGCCGCUUAGGCUGCUUCAACCUUUUCUCCAAGAUAUUAGAUGAGGUAGAGAAGAGGCGUGAGAUGUCCCCAGCCCUUGUGCACCCUUUCAUGCGCAGCGUCAUGGAGGCACCCUUCCCUGCUCCCGGGCGCACCAUCACUGUAAAGAGCUUCCUGCCAGGAGCUGGAAAUGAGGUGAUCGAGCUUUGCCGCCCAUUAGACUCCCGGUUGGAGCAUGUUGAUUUUGAAUAUUUGUUUAAGUGUCUCAGUGUCUCUCACUUGAUCCAAGUCUGUGCUUCUCUCCUGCUGGAAAGGAGAGUCAUCUUUGUUGCUGACAGUUUAAGCACCUUGUCCAAAUGUGGCCAUGCUGUGGUUGCAACGCUUUACCCAUUCACUUGGCAACACACCUAUAUUCCUGUUCUUCCAACUUCCAUGAUAGACAUUGUCUGCUCACCCACCCCAUUCCUGAUUGGGAUUCUCUCCUGCUCCUUACCCCAGCUCCAGGAUUUACCUAUAGAAGAGGUACUGAUUGUUGAUCUCUGUGGUGAUCGAUUUUUGCAACAGGUUUCAGAUGAGGACGAAAUUCUACCUCACAAACUACAAGCUGCACUCAUACAAAUUUUGGAAGAAAGGAGUGAUAUCUUGUCUCAGGAGCGGACUUUUACACAAGGUGAAGUGACUCUGGACUCUCUUGUAUCUGAGGCCUUUGUUCGCUUCUUCGUGGAGAUUGUGGGGCACUACUCCUUGCACAUGCAUGUCACUGAGAAAGGGGAGCGGGUAUUCCAGCGGGAACCCUUCCGGAAAUCCCACACCUCUCGCAAUGUGCGCCAUUUCCUUGAAAUUUUCAUGGAAACACAAAUGUUUGCUGGUUUCAUACAGGACAGAGAGCUCCGGAAAAGUGCCGUUAAAGGAUUGUUUGAGGUCCGUGCCUUUGAAUAUUUGCAAACCAUUCCAGAGUCUGAGCCGAGUGGGAUGAAUAAAAUCCUUCGUAGUCUGGGUAGCAAAAUGAAGUUUCUGCAAAAGAAGUAAGAAGUCCACUGCAGAAUUGCUGCUAAGCAUGGAUUACAGUUCCUAAUCUGUCGUGACAAGGGGCAUUCCAUUGCCUGUCAUUAUGGUGUCAGAUCGGAUUUAUGGGAUGCAGCUCAAGAUGAGCUUCAAGCAACUGGAAAAAAGUGCACCAGAUCUGAGUGGAAUUAUGGAUCUUUGCUUUGCCUGGUCCUACUGAAGUAUUACCAGGAGAAACUAGGCUUCCAGUUAUAGAACUGGUCCAUAAUGGGGAACUUGGUUAACUCUGUGAACUAUGUCUUUGUUUAUGCUGCUUGGCCUAAAGAAUUUCUCGUGUCACUCAUUGCUUGAGAGGGUUCCUUGUAGUUCAAGGACUAAGUUGAUACAAUUAAAAAAGAAGAAUGUGCCCAGAAAGAAGAUAUUUUUCCACAGCUAUCACAUAGCACUAUGGAUAUUUUUUUCACAAGAAAAUGUUCCUUAAAACUGGAAAGGCAAACCUCUUGAAGAUGUUUCUCCGUCCUCAUCUGCAAAAGUAGCCCUGUAAAGUUCACUCCGCUAUUGGCCUAGUUUGUGCCAUUAUCUGUUUCAUCAUUACUUUUAGUGAUGUGUUGCAAAGCUGUAUAUUUUGUAGAUAGGGAAAGCAAAACUAUAACAUCCUUUAUUUGUCCUUUUUUAUACUAUAAGACUUAGCCUGUGUUAUCUGUUUUGAAUAUACAUGUUCUUUGACCUUUUUACAAGAUCAUCUCUACUACAUCAAAGGACAUACCUCACACAAAACUGGUGUUAAACUGUCAGGAGAAUGUAAUUUGAUCCCAGUGGGGAACAUCAAUAAGUUCUUUUAAAAAUGCAGAACGUAAAUGAGCUUAUUGUUUAAUGCAGAAAGUUUGUAAAAAAUUGAGUUUCUUAUAGUUGCAUUUUGCUGUGAAACCUCAAUGGGUUAGAAAAACUUUCUGGGUGCAUUGUACCACUGAUUUAUCAUAGCUGAACAUUACCUGCUUUUGUAGUCACUAUUAUAGGAAAGAAACCAGCGUAGCCCCCUUCAGUUGUUCUCAUGGUUUGUACACCAUCUGAAAUAACUGUUUUAAAAUGGCAAAUACCCAUGCCAUGCAUUUAGUCAAAUACAGUGCAUGGCAUCAUUGUUCUUGGUGGACUUACUCCAGUUGCUUCUGUGGAUUUGUUUUCCAGUGGAUCUUCAUUGUAUGUUUACAUGUAGCAAAUAGACUCAAAUGUAAUGCACAGUUCUGUUGUUCAGCCAUGGAGUGAGUAAAAAAAAUGUCCCUAGAAGAGGAAUUGUUUUGACACUUUGAUAUGCUGAUAUAUUGGAUUAUCCUUUCUCUGCAGUGCAGCCAAAUUGGCCUCUCAGUUUGGGUGAUGAAUUGAUGUACAGGUAGACUGCCUGUAUCUGAAAGGUGCUGCAUAGAGAUUAGGAAUAAUCCUGGCAGAACAUAAGGAGAAUUUUUUUUUUCAUGAUAUGAAGACAUGAGAGAAAUUUCACCAUGAAUUGGAAUUAAUGCAUAUAAUCUGAACUUCCCCCUGUGUUUAUAGUAUUUCACCAGAAUGAAUUGCUAAAACCUUGGGACAGAAGGUGUUUCAGAUUUAGGAAAUGUUUUCUUUCUUGGUAUAGUUGUACAAAACAAACCACUGACUCUUGUGUAGAUUUACUCAGUGCUAAGGCUCUCUAAAUCCAGUGGGAUUUGUACCCAAACAAGUGCUUCUAAGAGUUCAGCCUUAAGCUAAGAGUAAAUACCACAAUCUGAAUGAUCUUCUGAGUAAACGUGCUGAGUAAAUCAUGCUGUUGCGUGUGAGACCUAAACACAAAUGGAAAUAAUUUUCUGUUUCAGAAUCUUGGGCCGGCCUAGCUUGCUACUACAAUUUUGUUUCGAAUGUGUUUUCCUGCUGCUCUUCCAUAGACAGGCAUAUUACUGAGAAAGCAAGACUUGAGUCAAUGAUUUUAAAGUAUGUAUUAGCACUUGAACAAUUGCACUUGAUCAGAAGAGCAGGAAGAAGCACCUUAUUGGUUCUGUUAUUCAGGUCCUCCCUUGGGUUAGUUCAGCCCCUAAAAUGUAUAACCUAAUUUUUAUAAUUCCAGCCAUACUGUUUCUCACUCCCUUAUCUUUCCUUCACUUCUGGUAAAAAUACAUGUUCCUUCUGGUCAGUGUUUUGUCCUUUUCCUCUGUACUUCCUUUGUCUUUUAUACAGCCUGUUUUCUGCAUUCUGGAUAAAGCCAUAUUCUGUGGUGUGCAGAUGAAACCAAAACUUUAACAUACAGUAUCAGAAUUGUAAUAAAUUGUGUUCCCUUUUGAAACUGGUUCAAAUAAAAUGUACUGGAAUUUUG